AUGCUUGCUAGAUUUGUAAAUUCAUUGCCAUUUGCGCUAUCACAGCGACUAACCAAGCUUUAUUUUAGAGCGUUAUCUUGGAAACAAGUCGGUUUGCACUCUGAACCCACUAGCAUUGAGUACAAAGCCAUGGAUAUUAAGAUUCUACCAGCUCUUCAGGAUAACUAUAUGUACUUGAUAGUGGAUAAAGCAACAAAAGAAGCCGCUGUUGUUGAUCCAGUGGAACCCAACACAGUUUUACAGGCUGUUAAUGAGAUUGGAGUCAACUUAACAACUGUGUUAACAACACAUCACCACUGGGACCAUGCUGGUGGAAACGAGGACUUGGUGAAAAUGCAUCCUGGCUUAAAAGUUCUGGGUGGCGAUGAUCGUAUCGGAGCUAUGACAGACAAAGUUGGUCACAACACAGAGUUCAACAUCGGCAAGCUGAAUGUCAAAUGUUUGUUUACCCCUUGCCACACAUCGGGCCACAUAUGCUAUUAUGUUACAGUACCUAAUGCUAAUGAAACCGCUGUUUUUACAGGAGAUACACUAUUUUUGGGUGGUUGUGGAAGAUUCUUUGAAGGCACAGCAGAACAGAUGCACAAAGCUCUGAAUGAGAUCCUCGGUAACUUACCAGAUCAUACCAAAGUGUUUUGCGGCCAUGAGUAUUCCAUUGGAAACUUGAAAUUUGGUGAACAUGUUGAACCAGACAAUGAAGAUAUAAAGAAAAAAAUACAGUGGGCCAACUCUGUCAGAAAGGAAGAAAAACCAACGGUGCCAUCAACAAUUUCUGAGGAAAAGCUAUACAAUCCCUUCAUGAGAGUCAAUGUAACAUCUGUUAUGAAGCAUGCUAAUAAAAAUGAUCCUAUAGAAACUAUGAAGGCUAUUCGACUCGAAAAAGACAACUUCAGGGCCCCAGUUGACUAA